AUGUAAAGGGAAGCAAGAGUAAAUAAUAGAUUGGAAUAAGAUAAAAAGGUUAGGCAGAAUUAAAUUUCAGAAUUGAUUAAAAUAUUUGAGGAAGAUUAAAUACAAACAGAUAUUGCUUAAUAAUUUUCGAAUUAGCUUGAAUAGGCUGCUUUCGAAUUAUCAGGUGGUGAGAAUACUAGGGAGUAUAGAACUAGAUUAAAUACAGUCAAAAUUCGAUUAAAUGGCACCAAAGGCCAAUUUAUUCGAUAGGUUCUAUUGUAAAGUAUUAUGACUCCUUUAGAGUUGAUGGCAUUCGAUAUGUCUAAAUUAAAUGAAAAUACAAUAUAAGCAUUCUUGGAACAAAAUAAUAGAUAAUUUCCUCAAAAGAAUGUCUCCAAUAGAUUAGGUUCAAGAAUAGUUGUGGAUAAAGAUCUUACUUAAAAUUCAAAUGAAAAACCAAAGGAAUCAAAUAAUGAUUUAUAAAUUAAUUCAUAACAAGAAGAAAAAGAGUAAGCUAAUGCAGACAAUUUUAAUUAACUUGUCUAAAAUAAACCUACUGAAUUCAAUGUCCCUGAAGUAAAACAGCAGCAUAUUGAUCAACCUCAACAGACAUCCACAAUCACUGAAACAGAAAAAAUUGAUUUUGCUCCUUAAGAAGAACCCAUCUAAUAAUUUGAAGAAUAUGUCGAUUAUAGUUUUGAAUAUAAUCAAAAAUAAAGAGAUUUCGUAGAGGGAAAUGACUUUCCUAACAUUGAAGAACUCUAAAUCAAUGAAAUCAAAUAAAAUAAUCUUUAAGAUGAUUUAAUUGCAAAUAGUCCAUUGCCCUCUGACAAUGUAUUGAAUUAAGAAUUUCUGUAAGACGACCCUUUGGUUGAUGGUCCAAAAGAGAAUGCUUAAACUAAAAUUUUGGAUUCUCAAAUACAAGAAGAGGAAUAGCAAUAUUAUGAACAUGAAUGCAGUUUCCAAAUAAAGGAAUAAUAAUUGAUAGACGCCAAAAUUCAAAAUGAAAUUAUAGAUCCUUAAGCUGAUCAUCCAUUAGCUGAAUUUGCAGUUUAGACAAGUGAUUAAAAAGAUAAUUUUCAAUAAGAAUAAUAAAAUCAUAUUUAGAAUUUCAAACAGGAAACCAACCAUAUUCAUACUCAUAAUUUUGAACAAUAAAUAUAUUAAAAAGUAAUGGAUUAACAUACAUAAUAAAAUUUUAAAGAUAUUAAAUAAUAAAAAGAAGAGAGUACUGAAUAACUACCCCAAAAUUACGAAGAAUUCUUCUAAUUUAUUGAGAAAAGGGAUAAAUAAUUUGAAAAUUAAAUCAAUCAAUUGAUAGACUAAAAUAAAACUUUGACAGAAUAAUUUUAUAAAGUCCAAAUAGAAAAUUAGGUUCAACAAGAAAAUUUGGAAAUUUAAAAUCUUAACUAUUAAAAUCGCAUUUAAUAGUUAAUCAACGAAAACAAUAUUUUAAAACUAUCUUUUCAAUAAAAUGAAUAGCAAUAGUAGCAAUCACUUGCCCAUUUAAAAGAAUAAUCAUUAAUUGAAAAAGCUUAAUUUUAACAGGUUUAUCAAAGCUAAUUAUCCACCCAACAGAAACACAAAGAAUUCCUAGAAUAAAUUAAAUUUAACUUGGAUUUUAGAAGAGACGCAGUUCUUAAAAUAUAACAAUCCAGUUAAUCUAGUGUUAAUUUGGAAGAUGAAAUUGGUUAGAUGCAAGAUAUUUUAGCCAAACAAAAUGUGUUUGAAAAUAAUUAUUAAGUGAAUACCCAAACAAACGAGAUUCAAACAUUCAAUCAAUAAUUUUGGGCAUCUGAAAAUGAUGCUUAGACCAUUGGCACUAUGGUUAAUGCAGAUUCUGGUUCGACAUAAAUUCGCAGAAAUAAAGAAGCAUUGAAUACAGAAGUUUAAGAGGAGGUUGAAUAAUUCUAAGUAUAGAGUGAGGCUCAAAAUUUUGGAGAAACAAAUUAGACGAGAGUCGUUUAAUAAACAGGAGAGAACACUUCAUUUAAGAAUUCUCUUUAAGAGUAAACCAAUUCGGAAAAAGAACAGUAAAUACGUGAUCAAGUGUAAAAUAAGAGAACAAACAAUAUCAAAUAAACUGAUUAAGACGUGUAGGGUUUAAAAAAUGGGGAAGAUUAAGGUCUACAAGAACAGCAGCAGUUCAGUUAGAUUAAAAAUAAUCACAAUAAAGGAAGUGAAGUUUAAAUGAAUCAAUUAAAGAAAAGAUAGUAAGUUAAAAGAUCUAAUGUUCCUGAAUCAGUAUUUGAUUGA